CUGAUGAUGAAAAACCGACUGGUGCUUGGUUAGGUGAUGACGACACUCCACUGGAAGGGUUCUCAUGGACACCUGGAUCAGAAAGGGAUACGAUUGGAAUUUUAAUGUGGAGUGAAAUAUUCCCAGUAACGUUACCAAAUGGAGAGAAAGUAAUAAAGUUUACUUGUUAAAAUAUCGAAAUGUAUAGCCUACUUAGUUCAUGAAUCGGGAUCGAACAUUCAUUUUUCAGGUUGCUGUAAUUUUCUAGGAUACUCAGGGAACGUUCGACAAUAACACUACGGUUAAAGAAUGCGCGAAAAUAUUCGCUUUGAGUACAAUGUUGAGCUCGGUGCAAGUGUAUAAUCUGUCAAAAAAAAUCAAAGAAGACGAUUUGCAAUAUUUACAGUUAUUCGCCGAUUAUGGACGUUUAGCAGCAGAAAGCACUCGCAAUAAAGCGCUUCAGAAUAAGCUACAAUUUCUCGUAAGAGAUUGGAGCCACCCAUAUGACUUCGAGUAUGGAUCGGCUGGGGGCCAAAAAUACAUCGAUAAAAUAUUAAAAACCUCAGGCAAACCACCGGGACUAAUAUCGUUGAGAAACGAUAUUAAAUCUUCUUUCGCCGACAUUAAAUGUUUCCUAAUGCCUUAUCCUGGAGUUAAAGUUGAUACGAAUCCUGAAUUUAAUGGAAAAUUAUCAGACAUUGAAACCAACUUCAAAGCUUACUUGAAGGAUUUCGUUACUGACCUUCUCUCCCCACAAAAUAUGAACCCCAAAGAAAUCAAUGGUGAAAAAAUCAACGUUAGCCAAUGGUUUAUGUACCUCGAGCGUUUCAUUCAUGAGUUCAGCCAUGAUUCGCUGCCUGAACCCAAAUCCUUAUUCGAAGCUACUGCAGACGCCAAUAACUUGUCAGCUGUUGCUGAGGCUAAGGAAACUUAUGACCAGUCGAUGUUACAAGCCUUUGAAUGUUCUAAACCGUUUUUAACCUCUGAAGAAUUUGAUAAUCAUCACAGAAAAUUCAAAGCGUUGGCAAUUGAGCAGUUUAGAGAAAAACGCAAAAUGGGAACUGAGGAAUUCUGCGAAUCGCAUAGACUCAAACUAGAAGACAGCAUCCGUUCAAGUUAUAAUCAAUUCAAACUAUUGAAUAAUUCCAAAAAAGAAGCAAGCAUGCAGGCCACUGUUACAAGAGCAAAAAAAGUUUACGGCGAGUUUAUGUUGCUGUGUGAAAAUGCUAAACCGUAUUUAAGUAGUAACCAGUUCAAACACGAGCACGAGAAGUUCGCAAAAAAAGCCUUGGACCUUUUUGAUGCCUAUUGCGAGAAAAACGUGGACGAUUUAAGCGAUGAAUACCGAAAUGAGUUGCUGGAGCAUAUUGAAACUGACAGUGUUCGAUUCUGGGCUUUUAAUAAACACAGAGCCGAAGCUAACAAUCAAUCGGCAAUUAAAGCAGCGAAAGAAAUCUACCAUAAGCAGAUGCUCGAGGCUACGGAAAAUUCCAAAUCACUGACCUUGGAAGAAUUAGAACAAGAGCAUGUAAAACACGAGGCAGUGGCCUUGCAAGAGUUCAUCAAUAAAUGUGUCGCCGGUGAAGACGAGUUCUCGCAGAGAUACAAGAAGGAGUUGAAAAAGAGGACGGUUACAUUCAUUUCAAAACAUUGAACAACGAAAAAAAGAGCAAAGCAGAAGCUUUCAAUCUAUCGGCUGCACAAUCAGCAAAAAACGCGUAUAAUCGGCUGAUGACGAUAGUUCUCGAGAAACCGCAAAUUUUGAACUCUGACCAAUUCAACGAUGAGCAUCAGAAAUGUAAAACUGCAGCUGUGGAACAGUUUAGAAACAGCUGCGACAAUGACGAUGAAUUUUCUCACGAGUGCCGGAUUAAAUUGGAAAAGGACAUCGAUAUGGAUCGUAAUUGUUUCCAAACUUGGAAUGAGAACAAAGACAGGAACAAUGCCACAAACAAUCGCUUGGAAAGAAGGAUAGAGCGAAGAAACAGUGUACGUGACUUUUUCAUCGGUACCUCGCUUAGUUCUAUCAUACUUGGAACAGCUAUAGGAGGCCCCCUUGGCCCCUUGAUUGCUGGCGUGAGUGGCGUGUUGGGUGGCGCGGUGAGUCGGGCCUUCAAGUAGCUGUGAAUAGAUUUUUUCCCUAUUUUAUGUACUGGAAUUAUCAUAUAAGUUCUUAUAAUUUAGUACCUACGAGUAAUUAUUCGAAUAUUAUGUUUUUCUUAACUAUCAUAAUAAAUACUAUGAUUUAUUUUUAGAAACUGAUUUUUGAACUGUUUAUUUCCCGAAAAAAAUAAUGAUAAUUUUAGGCUAGCUAACUGGCAAAAAUGGACUGUGUAGGCACGGCGACGAGUUCUA